GUGAGCCUUGGAGGCCCGGAUGCGGCGGGAGCGAAAGAAGGAGCGGGGCGGGGAUGAUGGCGGCGUUGAGGCCCGAUGAGGAGCUAGGACUGCGGGCGACUGAGAUGGAAGAAGAGGACGGCAUGGGCCGUGGAGAGGAGCAGUCGCUGCAGCUGAACUUGGGGGACCUGGACCUCACCUCAGAUGAGUUCAUCCUGGAUGAAGUGGACAUUCACAUCCAAGCCAAUCUGGAGGACUCCCUGGUUCAGGAGGCGCUGAAGACAGGCGUGGAUCUGCGGCAGUACUCCAAGCAGGUGGAACUGGAGCUGCAGCACAUUGAGCACGCCUCCAUCAGGGACUACAUCAAGGAGAGCAAGAACAUCACCUCCCUGCACAACCAGAUCACCGCCUGUGACGCCAUCCUGGAGCGCAUGGAGCAGAUGCUGAGCUCCUUCCAGUGUGACCUAAGCAGCAUCAGCUGCGAGAUCCAGACGCUACAGGAGCAGUCGGUGGCCAUGAACCUGCGGCUCAAGAACCGCCAGGCCGUGCGUAGCCAGCUCAGCCAGCUGGUGGACGAGCUUGUGGUGCCAGCUGCCAUGAUCAGCACCAUUCUGGAGGCCCCGGUGACCGAGCAGGACUUCCUGGAGCAGCUGCAUGAGCUGAACAACAAGAUGAACUAUGUGAAGGAGCAGGCCUUCCGCGAGACCAUGGCCUGCACCGACGUGCACCACGUGCUGGACCGGCUGAAGGUCAAGGCUGUGACCAAGAUCCGGGAGUUCGUCCUACAGAAAAUCUACUCGUUCCGCAAACCCAUGACCAACUACCAGAUCCCCCAGAAUGCCCUGCUCAAGUACAGGUUCUUCUACCAGUUCCUGCUCGGGAACGAGCGGUCGGUGGCACAGGAGCUGCGGGAGCAGUACGUGGAGACCAUGAGCAAGAUCUACCUGUCCUACUUCAAAUCCUACACCAGCCGCCUCAUGAAGAUCCAGUACGAGGAGGUGGCGGAGAAGGAUGACCUGAUGGGUGUGGAGGACACGGCCAAGAAAGGGUUUUUCUCAAAGCCGUCCCUGAAGAACCGCAACACAAUCUUCACGCUGGGGAACCGGGGCAGUGUGAUCUUGGGGGCCGAGCUGGAGGGGCCCAUCAUUGUGCCCCACGCUGCCCAGAAGAGCGACGUCCGGUACCCCUUCGAGUCGCUGUUCCGCAGCCAGCACUACGCCCUGCUGGACAACAGCUGCCGCGAGUAUCUCUUCCUCUGUGACUUCUUCCUGGUGACGGGGCCCAGCGCCCAGGAGCUCUUCAACGCCGUCAUGGGCAAGACGCUGGCCAUGUUCCUGAAACACAUGGACGCGUACGUGUGCGACUGCUACGACAGCAUCGCCGUCUUCCUCUGCAUCCACAUCGUCCUGCGCUUCCGAGCCAUCACGGCCAAGCGCAACGUCCCCGCCAUCGACAAGUACUGGGACACGCUGCUGGAGAUCCUGUGGCCACGGUUCGAGUACAUCCUGGAGCUGAACAUCCAGAGCAUCCAGAACACGGACCCCCAGAAACUGGGCUUCCUGGACACGCGCCCCCACUAUAUCACGCGGCGCUAUGCGGAGUUCUCCUCUGCCAUUGUCAGCAUCAACCAGACCUUCCCCAACGAGCGAACCCACACGCUGCUGGGGCAGCUGCAGGUGGAGGUGGAGAACUUCGUGCUGCGGGUGGCGGCUGAGUUCUCAUCGCGGAAGGAGCAGCUCAUCUUCCUCAUCAACAACUACGACAUGAUGCUGAGCGUCCUCAUGGAGCGGGCGGUGGAGGAAAGCAAGGAGGUGGAGGGCUUCCAGCAGCUGCUUUCAGCCCGGUCCCAGGAGUUCAUCGAGGAGAUCCUCUCGCCCCCGUUCGGGGGGAUGAUCGCCUUCGUCAAGGAGUCGGAGUCACUCAUUGAGAAGGGGCAGCUCGACCGGCUGCGUGGGGAGGAGGCCCGGGUGACCCAGCUGGUGCGCGGAUUCUCUACCACGUGGAAGGCCUCGGUGGAAUCGCUGAGCCAGGACGUCAUGAGAUCCUUCAGCAACUUCAAAAACGGGACCAGCAUCAUCCAGGGGGCGCUGACCCAGCUGAUCCAGUACUACCACCGCUUCCACAAGGUGCUGGCGCAGCCGCCCCUGCGCGCCCUGCCGGCCCGCGCCGAGCUCAUCAACAUCCACCACCUCAUGGUGGAGCUGAAGAAACACAAGCCCAACUUCUAGGAGAGGGGAACCCACGGCCCCCAACCCUGCCCCCGGC